AUGAAAAUCGGUGUACUACCAGGAGGAAGGUCGUCAUCGUCAUCGUGGAGAGAGAGAGAGAAAGAGAAAUCGCCGGCGUUUUCUCGGGAUUCCCGCCGGAAAUUUAGUUUAAAGCUUUGCUGCAAGUUUUUGACCGGAAAUGCUUCUUCUUCUUCUAGAAAUGGCUGGGAAUUAUUAAGAGACCUUCAAGUCUUGCUGUUCCAACGAAACGUCGUUGGCUUCCUUCUCUGGGACGCCAUUAUUGUUGAGUUUCUUUUUACUGGCUAGGAGAUUGAAUGGGUGAUUGAUCGUGGUUGUGAUUGGAAUUCAAUUUUCGUGGCUGUGUGAAGUGGUGAUUUUGGUUUUUUUAUUUCCUCGUUUGAGCAUUAUUGUUCUAGUGUUUGUUUGAGGCGAAAUGGGUGAUACUGAAGAUGCUCGUACUGAUAACUUACGAAAUCUUCAAUGUUCGUUUGGAACAUCUUCAUCUUCUGCUUUAAAGUAUCAUUUCUCUAUGGAUCAACUUAAAAUUUCUCAAAUGACCUGCUCUCAAGGCCGUCCACAGCAUUUCCAGUCGAAUUUUCUUGGGGAUAAUAAUAGACGAAUUGGGAUACCUCCUUGUCCUAACUCGCCGCAGGUCCCACCAAUCUCACCGUAUUCUCAGAUCCCUGUAUCCCGUCCGAUGAACCAACAGAGUUAUAACUCAGUUCCUACUCAUUCUCGAUCGUUAUCUCAGCCUUCUUUUUUCUCUCUCGAUUCUUUGCCCCCUUUAAGUCCGGCCCCAUUUCGUGACUCCCCAUCUACGUCGAAUUCAGAUCAGGUUUCUGCCGAUACGUCAAUGGAGGAUAGGGAUGCCAGUUCUCAUUCUUUGUUGCCUCCUUCACCUUAUACGAGGGCCAAUUCUUCGAAGAUGGGUGAUGCUUUACCUCCUCGUAAAGCCCAUAGGCGGUCUAACAGUGAUAUUCCAUUUGGAUUAUCUUCGAUGAUUCAGUCACCUCCUGUUCUCCCUUUUAGUGGCUCAGGUGGAUUGGAGCGAUCAACAAGUAGCAAAGAGAAUGCGGGAAUAUUUAAGCAAGCCAGCCAGUUUGUUAAAAGGGAACCUAGUUUGGAGAAAAGCAUUGAUAACCAUUUGGAAGGAAUGGGUGAAAAGAAGUCUGAAGGGGACACUGUGGAUGAUUUGUUCUCUGCUUAUAUGAAUUUGGAUAAUAUUGAUUUGUUCAACUCCUCAGGGACUAACGACAAGAAUGGUCAUGAGAAUCGGGAGGAUUUGGAUAGUAGAGGCAGUGGCACAAAGACAGGGGGUGAGAGCAGUGAUAAUGAAGCAGAAAGCAGUGUUAACGAAAGUGGGGAUAACUCUCAAAUGCCUGGAUUGAAUUCGUCUGCCGAGAAGAGGGAAGGAAUUAAACGGACUGCUGGGGGAGAUAUUGCUCCAAAUAACAGACAUUACCGGAGUAUCUCUAUGGAUAGCUUCAUGGGCAAGUUGCAGUUUGGUGAUGAGUCACCCAAAAUGCCUCCUACACCACCCGGCAUUCGUCCGGGGCAACUUUCUUCAAACAACCUAGCUGACGGUAAUUCAACUCCAUUCAGCUUGGAAUUUGGUAAUGGUGAGUUCAGUGGGGCUGAACUGAAGAAAAUUAUGGCAAAUGACAAACUAGCUGAGAUUGCACUAACUGAUCCUAAACGUGCAAAGAGGAUCUUGGCAAACCGUCAAUCUGCUGCUCGAUCAAAAGAACGAAAAAUGCGGUAUAUAUCUGAGUUGGAACACAAGGUUCAGACGCUUCAGACAGAAGCUACCACGCUGUCUGCCCAACUCACACUUCUGCAGCGAGACUCAGUUGGACUUACAAACCAGAAUAAUGAGCUGAAGUUCCGUCUCCAAGCCAUGGAACAGCAAGCACAACUGCGGGAUGAUCUCAUACCAUCAUCCCACCUCCCCUUCUGGGACUUGAAUUUCAUCUAUUACAGAGUCUAUCAUUCAAGAAAGCAUCUGCUCAAGCAGUUAGAACUUGAUGCUUUUGGGAGGAGGUUACUUCUAGAGUCUGGCAAGUGAGAAUAUGUAAAGUUGGUACCUUUUCUGAUGGCUUUAAUGGAAGCAGGUUCCUCCAUUCAACCUGACCGUUCACCCUCAGUGUUACCUUUUCAACACUUGCUCAUAAAAUAGAUCAAACACCUCAAUGCAAGAAUAUGUGCUGCUCACUUUGUUGUUCCAACUUCCCCCCUAAUUCUCUUUCAGUAUUUCAGAAUUGAUUCUUUCCAUUGUGUCUUCCCCUUAUAACCUAAUUUUCAUGGAAGAAUAUUAGAGGCUUGGGGCUGAUAUGGCUUUCCUACCAUUCUCAUUUGGUAUAUCAGAAGAUUGGGAGCCUUGAAGGGAUGUGAGAAUUGGUGAUCCUUACUUGCCCGUUUGUUUGGUUAUUCUACAGAAAAUAGAACUUCCAUCUAUUAGUUUAUAAAUUCUACUUGGAGAUAUCGAGUUAUCGAUUGGGCUUUUCUGGACUCAAUUGGUCCCUUCAAUGUAUCCUCAUUCUUUGGAAGGAAUCUCUCUGUCAGGAGGAGAAAUCGGAAGUUGAGUUUUUCUUUGUGGAAUCUAUAUUUAGGAAACAUCACCAGUCAAAAUAGACUCCUGAGAAGUUAACCCACGGCCAUGGCUUGUGUCUUCUCCAAACCAACUUUGCAAAUCUGAUGCAUUCUUUUUCUGUCCUUUUACUUAGGCCCGAUUUGUUACAUUUGGUUUUUUUGCUUUUAAAAAUUAACCCUAUAGAUACCAAUUUGACCUCUAAAUUUUUUAGAUUUUUAUCUACCAUCAAAUUUUGAGAACUAAGAAAAGUAGACUUUGAUUUUUUUAACUUUAAUUUUAAUUUAAGUUUUUCUUUUUUAAUUUGGUUAAAAUUUUAAUGCUUGUAUUUAGGAAAGAUACCGUUUUUGUAAGAAACGGAGAGUAAAUAGGUUUAACUUUCAAAAACUAAAAACGAAAUGGUUACCAAACGGAAACUUUAGCAAUUCUAAAAGUUUGUUUUUAACGUAUCCUACCUGCUCAUUCUCCUCUUUUAGAUGCUGACAGUAAUCAUUAGCUCACUUUUAGUGAGGGCAUUUACUUGGUCCUUAUUGUGUGAGAUGAAUAGUGAAGCCUUCUAGCGGUGAAGAAUUGCCAAUUGCUUCUUUUCUUCCCGUUAGUUUAAACUUCUAGGACAACUAGUAAUUUAAUCAAAUUAAUUGGAAGCGCUUUCUAAAAUUUGGGUUAAUAGUGGUUUAACAAUGCUAAUUGGAAAACCUUUCUAAAUUUUACUUAGCACGAGUUCUUCAUUUUCUACAUGUCAUUGACCGUUGUUAUCACAUAUGUGACAGCUCUAAAUGAAGCGUUAACUGCUGAGGUUCAGAGAUUGAAACUUGCUACAACCGAUAUAAACGCACAAUCUCAUCCCUCAAAUGGGGUAAUGGCUCAAUCUUCUAUGAACCGCCAUGGACUCCAGCUUCAGCAGCAGCACCAACAACAGCAACAUAUGCAGCAGAAUGGGAGUGCAACCACAAAACCAGAAUCCAACCAAUAAUUUAUAUAUAUAUAUUUUCUUGUGGAAGAUAUAGAUGAGUUUCAUCGUCUCUUUGAUCAUCUUGUUCAUUUAUAGAAAUAUAUUCAUUGUUGUAAGCUAGCUUAUUACUAUUAUUAUUAUUAUUAUUUGCAUUUGUCAAAUAUCCACCCCCAACACAGUCUUUCCAAAGUUGUGUAAAUCACACUCUUCUAUAAUUUUAUAUGCUUUAAUCUUGCAAUUGUUUAGAGAGUCUAGGCAAAUCUUGUUACCAAAAAGAGAGGUGUACUUGAUGAUUAAUUACUUUAUAUGAUAUUUUAGAAUGGGAAUUCCCUUUCUUCUCCUUCUGUCAA